AUGGCUUGCCUGAAAUCACUAACAAGCAACACUAACCAGCCUUAUAGAAAAGUACAUUCCUUCACAGAAGAGGUCUCCAUUGCUCGGAUGAGACAAAUACACUGUAAUUGUUUAAGUGGAAAAUCCUACAUUUCACCCUUCAUUUCUUAUCAAAGCAAAUCGGACAAGGUUCCCUUACUGCCGUUUUUGAAACCAGCUAAAAGCAGCAGGGAUCUGUUUGGCUGUGAAAGUUGCUAUCAAGAUAUAAACACGGACAGUAGGUUACAGAACUUGAAGAAUUCUGUAAACAUAGCUUCAACAAAUAUGCCAGUAGCUGUAGACACCAAUUUCAUUCUUUCUGCUUUUGCUGCUUUAGCUGUUAAUGAAAUGCCUGUCUGCGUUCAGCAAAGUUCAUUGGACAAAACUACAACUUUGCAGCAUGUGAAUCCUCCAGUCUUAGAAAAUAUUAGCAAGCAGGCUAGUGCUACAACAAAUAAUACUACAUGUAACAUUGUUUUUUCAAAAGAAACAUUGCAGGACAGCAGUACAGAAACACAUGUAGCAUCAUCCUCCGCUGGAGAAAAUAACAUCACAUGUUGUUCGGAUUUAAAUGUUACUGUGGAAAGCAUUCAGUCAGUAGAAAUGCCUUCAAGUUAUCAAUGUUCUUCUGACUUGUCUGUUGACAAGAGUUGCUUUAACAAAAGUAGUUGCAGCAGUUCUAAAACACAGAAUUGUCAGAAAAUCAUGCAAUCUAAACCUACACUGUGUGACAGUAAUGUGCAGUCUCCCUUAAAAUCUAUUGUAAAUCUGAUGUCAGUUUUGUCGGCACCAAGAAAGACUGUCAAGAAAGGACGCCCUUCUUCUAGAAAACAAAAGAAGCGUCAAAGAGAAAAGCAAAAACGUGGAUUACAGCCCUUGCAGGCAGAAAAACCAGUUGCCUCCACUCACACUGGAUGUGACACGCAGCAAAAUCUUCAUUCUCAAAACACAGAAUUGAUGUUUAAACAUAGCAGUAAAAUGGAUGUUGCCUCAAAUUCAUCUUCUAAUCCUCAGUGUAAAGCUGCCAAUGGAGUUUUAAAACCAGAGUGCCCAUUAACACAUUUUUUUGUUAGACUCAUGUCAUGUUCAGAAGAUGAGAACAGUGUUGAAGAUGAUGAUGAUGAUGAUGAUGAUGAUGGUCAAUGCAAAACUGAUGUCUCUAUAAACAAACACAAAGAAAUGCCUUGUCCACCCAUAACAGGUUUUGACUUUGGUUGUGCCUUAGAUUUAGACACUAUCUUUAAGAAAACCAUUCCUCUAGGUCCUGUCAGUGCAGAAAAGAAAAAAGAUGGAUCCCAAAAGAACACAUGCCAGAAAUUGUCGGAGCGUGACCAUUUUGAAAAAAGUAGCACUGUUUCUACUUCACCAGUUUCAAAGGAUGUUGAGUCUUGUUUCUUCACCCCGGCUCUAUCGUUAGACAUUUUAUUCUGCAAGAAGCCUGCUUCAGUCAGUCAGGCAGGAAGAGACCAGCAUGAAACUACAGUUGACUUUCCUGAUAAUGUUCCUUCCGAUGACAGUGUUGACCCUCUACCCGCUGGUAACGAGGCAGACUCUAAAACUCUUGAGAAAAUUAAUGCACUGUGGAAUGAAAACUAUCCAACGGCUGACUACCGAAGUUGUUCCUCUGUCUCAACAGAUGAAAUAAAAUACCCAGCGAUUAAGGUUCAUUUUGCAGCAGAGCCUGAUUUCUUGACAGUUCAUAUUGUUGGCACCGAAGAUCGUAAUGGUAACUGGCAUCACAUAAUCAGAGAACGAGAACAUUUUGAAAGGCGUAUACAAGAGUUGGAACAAAUUCUCUCCCCCUUCCUGGAGACCAGUCACAGAGCCAAAGUCCUCAAGCAAAGGAAGGGCCAAGAACAGCAGUGA